AUGCUCAAGGGAUCAGGAGCAAAGGUUAGGUAUAUCGGUCGCAACCAACUGAUUAAGUAUCAAUGUCAUCCGACUGAGUCUGAGGCGAUGGAGUUUGUUCGAAAAAAUACCACGAUUCCGAUUCCCAAAGUCUUCGGUGUAUACAAUCGUGAAGAUGGAUCUCAGGACUUGGUUCUAGAGUUGCUUCCGGGUUCUGCCCUAAACGUGACUUGGCAAACUUUGACACUGGAGGAAAAAUCAGACUUAGUCACGGAGCUUGCAGGAUAUCUAUUACAGCUUCGAUGUCUCCAACCGCGCAAAGAAGGAUUUGUUGGCUCAUUGAUGCUAGGAUCUAGCUAUGAUCACCGCCUAGGUGGUAGACGCUUCGGUCCCUUUGAGAGCAUAGCCGACUUCCACAAAUUUGUGCGAAGAGGCGAUUCCAUGGAUUUAUGGAAUUUUGACAAGGACGUCACAGAUGUUCACAACAAAUCCGAUUCCUAUGUCACGAAGUUCACUCAUGCAGACAUGUCACCUGAAAGCAUUCUAGUAAAGAAUAGGAAGAUAACAGGCAUUAUUGACUGGGAAUUCAGCGGAUGGUUCCCAGAGUAUUGGGAAUAUACGAAGAUGUAUUUUGGAUGGCGACCAUAUCGAGGAGACUUCUACCACGAGAUGGACAAGGGAAUCACGACGUAUCCCCAAGAGCUUGCUGCCGACAAAGCCACUCUGAAAGUAUAUGAUAUCUGGUCUUACGAUAUUGAUAGGCCAAGACGAUCAGUCGAUGAGGGAAAAUGGCGCGAAUGGGACGUGGCUAUGAGACGUUGA